AUGGGUCAGAGCCAUCAGAUAUUUCUUGUUGCUCGCGUAGUCGCUCAUGGCGCAAAUGCGGCACGCUAUCGCUGCGUUGGUGCUUACCAUCAUCAGUGGUGCGUGGUGUUAUGGCAGGUUCGCUCUCACCAACUUGAGGAUACUUUUUACGUCCACUCAUCAUUCAAAAGACUUCCUCUCAUGGGGGCACGAAGCUUCCUCGAUCUUCUCAAACAAAAAGACAAUGCCAAAAUCGUCCAAGCGGAAAUAGACGCAAUUCAAGGCCAAUAUGGCAAAGACACCCUCAAGCUGCCCAGACGUGCAAAAUACAUUCCCUGCCCUUACUCCUUGUUUCUUGCCGCGUCAGCUUUCUGUGUCGACUUGAAGAACCGGUAUCCGUAUACGAGUGGGCUUACCUUCAAUCAUGCUAUUCUAGAUGCGAGAAUGGGGAGCUCUGUCGGAGGCACCAACGAUGGCAUUACUGUUUUUGAUAUCACCAGCUCAGCUGAUCCAGCUUAUUGUCAUGUCUCGGUUGGUGGCCUUGAGGCUAGCUAUGGCGAGGGGGCUAGUAUCGAGAGCUGGGUAAAGCACAUUCGGUCUGUGUCUGUCAGCAUUGAAAGUUUUUCACGAAACACUGAGAACCUCGAGGCGCUAGAGCGGGAUGUUCAAGCCAAGAUCGAUGCUCUGCGUGGUGAACGCCUGAUGACUAUAGACGUUCUGGCAGAGGCAUGGCCUAAAGAAUACCGCGUGCAAACUCUGCCGAUAGAGACGACAGAUGAGCAGGCAAAACCUCGUCAACCCUUUCCGGCCCUUGUCGACUCAAACUUCGAAUCCGUUGUCGAACAUGGUCUCAAGACUGGUCAGCUCGAAGUAAUCGAAGACAUGGUAUCUCAUCCGAAAAAAUCUGCUGAUAUUUGGUCCGUCCUCCAACGACAAAACCCAUUUCCUCAAGUGGGCAUGCCUCUUCUCAUCAAGAUCAUUCGGCAGAUACCAACUACUGCGACGAGCCUUGAUUUGUCCGGAUUCUCGCUCUCCGACCAGCAAAUCUUGACCGUUUUAGAGCGGUGCAAAAUUGAUGACAUGCAACUCCUUGACCUUUCAUAUAACUCUAAUAUCUCCGCCGAUGCUAUCCGUCUUGUUCUUGGCCAACGUCCCAACCUUCAACGACUCGUUCUUCUUGGUACCUCAAUCUCCAACCAUGACCUGAGUCAACUUUUGUCCACUAAGCCGUCGCUGUUUCGAACCCUGGAGGAACUUGUGCAUCCUUUGCUACUUACGAUAAAAACCGAAACCAAGCUUCCAAGUGCGUUCACCUUCGUAGGAAUCGACCACAAUGUUUUUAUGAAGACCUCGCUUCCCCUUUUCUCCCCUGCUGCGAUCAUCCAGAACAUCACAGACAUCAUGACAAUAAUGGUGACGAAUAAUGCUGGGAUCUUCUAUAUGAACGGGUGGGCCGCGCAGGCGACAUUUUCAUCCAGCUACCUCAAAGAAGGACGUUCAUGGGGAGAACGCCGUGUUUUCUGUUUGCCUAAGUUCGACCUCGUCCAAGACCCCAACGUUCGAACAUGGGUUUUUGCGCUUAGAUGGUCUUACCCAUCGAAACCCGCCUAUGCUUUUCUGUCGCGUGAUGGACCGAACGGAGAGUUACUGCGAUAUGAUCUCAGGGGAUUCCUCAAAGCAAUGGAGAAGGAAGGUCGUCCACCUGUCGCUGAAGACGUUGUCAAAGGGCUAGAGAGUCUUCUCCAAGAGCACGCAAUAAAGUUGAGGGGUAAGGCUUUAUUCGCCUUCGUAUACGACGCCUUGUCCUCCAAGAGUGAGAGCGCAUGGUGGUGA